UGCGGCUCGCAGAGGCUCGGCUGGCGGCAGGAGGAGCGUGUGAGUUGGAGGCGUCCCUUUAAGAGCGGCCAGCCGGACGAGCCUCCGCCUCUAGAACCUUAGCGCGCCGCCGGUCACCUGGGGCUGUCCGGCAGGGCAGCAGUAUCGCAGCGAGACCGGCGUGCUAGCCCGCGGAGCCGGAGCGGUGCUCGGAGGCGAGGUGCGGCGGGAGCAGGCACGGAGGGCGGUGGUUCCCCGGCGGGUCUGGCGGAGGAUGCGGGAGAGCACGUGGGUGUCGCUGCUGCUGCUGCUUCUGCUGCCCGCGCCUCAGUGGGGCGGCCCCCAGGACGGCCGCCGGGAGCCGGAGCUGGAGGCUGAGCACGGCCCGCUGCAGCCCUUCGACCUGCUCUACGCCAGCGGCGUGGCUGCCUACUACAGGGGUGAUUACGAGAGUGCGGUGCGUGACCUGGAAGCCGCGCUGCGCAGCCAGCGGCGCCUGCUAGACAUCCGCACGCGCUGCGCCCGCCACUGCGCGGCGCGCCGCCCGCUCGUACACCCCGGCUCCGGCCCCGGAGCCGAGCUGCCCUUUUUCCGAGCGCUGCUCGCACGGGCGAGUUGCUCCCGUAGCUGCCAGAACCAGCGCCUGGGCGGCCCCGCGUCCCGCCACCGCGUCAGCGAGGACGUGCGCAGCGACUUCCAGCGCAGAGUACCCUACAACUACCUGCAGAGGGCCUACAUCAAGCUUAACCAACUGGAAAAGGCUAUGGAAGCAGCCCACACAUUCUUCAUGGCCAACCCUGAGCACAUGGAAAUGCAGCAGAACAUAGAGGACUAUAGAGAGACCGCAGGGGUGGAAGCAGUCCAGCUGGUAGACAGAGAAGCCAGGCCACAUCUGGAGAGCUAUAAUGCAGGAGUUAAACACUAUGAGGCCGAUGACUUUGAAGCUGCAAUCAAGUACUUUGAACAAGCUUUAAGAGAAUAUUACAAUGAAGAUGUGAAGUGCCGAGCUCUAUGCGAGGGACCACAGAGAUUUGAGGAGUAUGAGUACUUAGGGUAUAAAGGCGGUCUUUACGAGGCAAUCGCAGAUCACUACAUGCAGGUGCUGGUCUGUCAGCAUGAGUGUGUGAGGGAACUUGCCACCCGCCCAGGCCGCCUCUCACCAAUUGAGAACUUUCUUCCCUUGCAUUACGACUACCUACAGUUUGCAUACUACAGAGUUGGUGAAUAUGUGAAAGCCUUGGAGUGUGCCAAAGCCUACCUGAUGUUCCAUCCAGAUGAUGAGGAUGUCCUGGACAAUGUAGACUACUAUGAAAGCCUGCUAGAUGACAGCAUUGAACCAGAAUCCAUCGAAGCCCGAGAGGAUUUAACAGCGUUUGUCAAACGUCAUAACCUUGAAUCUGAACUGAUAAAGUCAGCUGCAGAGGGUCUGGGAUUUUUAUAUUCCGAACCGAAUUACUGGGUCAGUUAUGGAGAACGGCAAGAUGAGAACCGAGUCCCUUUAGGAGUGAACAUGGAGGGGGCAGAAGUUCAUGGACUGCCAAUGGGGAAAAAGUCACCGCCCAACAUAGGUCGAGACCUAAGGGAAGGUGGCCCUCUGCUCUAUGAGAACAUCACCUUUGUCUACAACUCAGAACAGCUGAACGGGACUCAGCGGGUUCUCCUAGACAACGUCCUAUCGGAAGAGCAGUGCCGGGAGCUACACAGUGUGGCCAGUGGAAUCAUGCUUGUUGGUGAUGGCUACCGAGGGAAAACGUCGCCCCAUACACCCAAUGAAAAGUUUGAAGGAGCUACUGUCUUGAAAGCACUCAAAUUUGGCUAUGAAGGCCGAGUGCCACUAAAGAGUGCACGCUUGUUCUAUGACAUCAGCGAGAAAGCUCGGAAGAUUGUGGAAUCCUAUUUCAUGCUGAACUCAACCCUGUAUUUUUCCUAUACACACAUGGUCUGCAGAACAGCCUUGUCUGGGCAGCAGGAUAGAAGAAACGACCUCAGUCAUCCCAUUCAUGCGGACAACUGCCUGUUGGAUCCGGAAGCCAAUGAAUGCUGGAAGGAGCCUCCUGCGUACACUUUCCGGGACUAUAGUGCACUCCUGUAUAUGAAUGACGACUUUGAAGGAGGAGAGUUCAUCUUCACUGAAAUGGACGCUAAAACUGUGACUGCCUCUAUUAAACCCAAGUGUGGACGGAUGAUCAGCUUCUCUUCAGGUGGAGAGAACCCUCACGGGGUGAAGGCGGUCACCAAAGGCCAGCGCUGUGCUGUGGCACUGUGGUUCACCCUAGACCCUCUUUACAGAGAAGUGGAGCGGAUACAGGCUGAUGAAGUGAUUGCCAUCUUGGAUCAAGAACAGCAUGGGAAGCAUGGACUGAAUAUUAACCCCAAAGAUGAGCUAUAGAAAAGAGAGUGUUUUAUUGAAUAUUUAUUUAAAUUGCUAAUCUUAUAAGAACCUUUUUAUUUUUGUACAGAACCAGGGUAUAAAUUAAUAGGAUACUAUGAGUUGCCAGAUCCCCCUUCUGUUCCUAACUCUGAUCUCUUUGCCUUCCUCAUGUCCUUGGUUUUCUUCCAUUCAUCAUUCAGAGCCCAAUCACAUCCCCAAACACACAUCACACACACUCUGCCUGCCACGCAGGUAAACAUAGUAAGCAACACUGAUCUACUAUAGAAAUACACAUAUGCCACUCACACACUGCGUAGAUUCCCAAACAUGGCACAGAUACAUACACCAAACACACCCAAACAUACAUUCGAGAUAGACAAUCUCUCUCUCUCUCUCUCUCUCUCUCUCUCUCUCUCUCUCUCUCUCUCUCUCUCUCUCUCUCUCACACACACACACACACACACACACACACACACACACUAUACUAGAAUAAUUUGUUGCACAUUCAUAAUCUCAACACAAUAGGUUGCUUCUCAGCAGCCCCACAGCUAGAGUGUUUGUGCACAGGUCUAAAGUUAGUAUGUGAAUUAGUCUCAGGCCUCUGGCUUGCUGCCUUUCCCUGUGGCCUCUCAUGGUGCUGAUGACUGAGAGUAUAGCCUCUUCACAGCAAGCUUGGCUUGGGUCUGAGGAGCCCUAAACAGAGUCUGCAUGGAACCUGAAUCACAAGCAGAAACAUCUUUAAGACUUGAAGAAGCCACCACUGGGAGGGAUAAGGACUGUGACACAGAGCUCCUUGCCAGGGCCUUCAUGGACUAUGAGGACUGGUAUUUCCUUUCUUCCUUCCUUCCUUUCUUUCUCUUCCUUCCUACCUUCGUUCCUUCGUUCCUUCUUUCCUUCCCUCCUUCCUUUUUUUCUGUUUAGUUUUUCAAGACACGGUUUCUCUGUGUAGCCCUGGCUAUCCUAGCACUCCCUCUGUAGACCAAGAUGGCCUCAGACUCACAAAGAUCCUCCUGCCUCUGUCCCCCAAGGGCUGGGAUUAAAGGCUGCAAGGGGCAGCCUCCGAGUUGUCCUUAAACAGUCCCGUAGAAGUUCCAGCAGCCCAGAUUCUCCCAGUGAUGAUGGAAGAGCACCUUUAAUCCCCUUGCCUCAGGUGCUAUUGCUCAGCUGCUGCAGAGGGGCUGCUGUUGGUAAAAAAGCAGAAACCCUUCUCACAGGCUGUUCCUGGUCUGCCUCUGUUGGGCAGCCUCUUGCCAGAACUGCUGUCAGUUUACAGAGGCAAGCUGUGUCUCAGUUGUUUAAUAAAGGGAGCCGUGUUACAGCA